AUGUCUUCCACCUCUCCCCGUGAUUCUACGCGUCUUCGCCAUGCUCUUCAUCCGCUCUCGACGACGUCCUUAGCGGGCUACGGCAACCAGCUCGUCUCGCCCAUCUCGGCUGUGUCCAUGGCCUCAUCUCAUGUCCAGUCCAUGCACACGCCAGCCAGCGCCAUCAUGCCGUACAACCCACAAGAAUGGGUGGCAUCGCCAGCGGCCAUGCCGACGACAGAACGGCCUCUGACGUUUGUGGGAAGCGAUGCUCAGGCUUCUCUAGCAGCUCCCCCUCCACCGCCGCCUUAUAGCCCUCCAAGGAGGAAUAUACAGCAGCAGCCUCGACCUCUCACCAUGGCGUUCGACUACUCACCAGCGCAAAUAGCUAGCGCUCCCCCUUCGAGGUUCUCUACCCUGCUGGGCCAGCGACCCUCUCCUGAGCCACCAGUUGCUGCUACGCGCCCAUUUCCUCCGCCGCCGGGUUUGAGCGGUAGAGGAAGCUCUCGAGAGCGUCUUCUUGCGCUGGCAUCCUUGGGACGACGAAGAGAUCCUGGACCAUCGCAAUCCCCAGAGCCAGUUCACCCUGUAUCUGCUUCUAGACGGACCGGUGGGCCCUCUGUGUUCCAUUCACCAGAACAUGAACGGGUUAUAUCAGCAACCGCCAUGAGUCCUGAUACGUUCCCUCCCGCGGCUCGAAGGGCUGCCUCCACAGGCGCCCUCGACACGCCGACAUCUGAACGCUCACGGUCUUCUUCUCAGACAAGAUGGGAGCCUGGUAUGCCCCUUCCUCCGCCUCCGCCUGGACCACCGCCCUCGUCGAGCAGGUCGCAAAGUGUACAAAGCAUGGACAGAAACAAUGUACCCAUUAUUUCUCCACCAACUCGCAGACCACCGCCGUCCGGCGUAUCAUCUCUGGGGCCCGUGCCUCCAACGCCAGCCGACUGGCUAGAUAGCGACACGCCACCCACUCGACCUCAGCCUCUAGCAACUCCGGGACACCUACAACCUACUGCGCCUUUAAAGACUGGGGAGUCGUCACAAUCACUGCAGUCACCACAAUCCACCCAACAAGUAGGAGGGCGAUCUCCCAAUUUGACGAUUGAUACAGCCACUGCGAGCAAUCCGAGCGAGCCCAUAGAGCCGGCCUUGAACUCUUCUGGCAGUGCGAGUGGCUUGAAUCGUGCCAAAGCCGUGCGCCAUGACAAGACAAUUAUACAGAGAAGAACCGAGAGCCGCACUCGACAUGAGCCCCGGGGGUCCCUAGAUAGUUCGUUGGACGCACGACAGAUUGCCGAUAUUGUUGUUGUUCCCGCGCCCAUCAGCGGUCUAACUCGCAAACUGACCAUUGGCAAGGCAACUCCUCGGAGCAGUGGGAAAGCGCCUAUGGACCAACCCCUUACCGGAGAAUCUAACUUAUCUGGACAACAUGAUUCUCGGAAUUCGACUCCUCGUGCACCAGAUUCGGCCACAUUACUGCACCGUGAAGUAGCUACACCUCCAUUUUCGCCAACGCCAGCCAAAACCUACCGGCACUCUGGUGGAAACCAAGCGGCGGUGCCAAAGUCUCUACCUACUCCGCCACCCCAAGUCAGGUCCAGUUCUGGAUCGGCGGCUGCUGAGGCAUCACGCUUGGCUUCGUCUGUAGCGGCGUCUCCAUCAAAGGAAGCCAUUGUGAGCCAGAGCGCAGCAGAGUUUGCAACUGCAUCAAUCGAGAGAUUUCGGUCGUUUGCCGUCAAAGAAGCGUCGGCCACGACAGACGCAGAUAGAGUCCGCCUCUUUUCAGACUUUAUAGUUGCCGAGUCUAGAAUCCGGCGAGAGAGAUACUCAUCAGCCAUUGGAGCCAUGGGAUCCGAAAUUUUCGAUUUGAGUCGGGACCUAUUCCGUCCAAUGAGCCACACGCGACGAGAGUCGGUGAACUCUCCAUCUGUUGGCGACUGGACCCCAGAGUCAUCGGAACCAAAUCGGUCUCAUAGAGGCUCUGUUAGCUCCGUCUAUCAAGCUGAGGACUCAUCAAGCUCAGCUCCGGCAUCUGGAAGUCUCCCGCCAUCCCCGGGGAUCAAGCAGCCUCUCAACUGGGGCGGCGCUGCAAACUAUAUGCCCUCAUUGUCUCCCAUUCUCAGUAUGAGCGUCAGCGACAACUACGAAAAUGGAAGCUCGCGUGGCAGACCUCCUAGCCGAUGGUGGGAGACGGAUUCGAACAACGAUCCAAACCGGGGUGGAUUUGAAAGAUCUAAGCGCGAAUCAAAAUACAUGGGCGUUCUUCCCAAGGACCAGUGGAUCGAAGAGGAGCAGACUACACCGCAUUAUGCGUCCGCAGGCGAGCAAAGCUCCAUGUCGGACUACCCUCCAGAGAAGACUGGCUGGCAUGACGAGGGAGAGGCAGUAUGGACUCCUCAACCGUCGAAUACCUCUGUGGCGUCUACUCCAUCUACAGCAACAAAUCGACAGAGGCUUCUAGAUGUGUCUAGACUGGUCACCAUGCCGCCCCCUUACCCGAGACACCAUCCUGCAGUGAAUAACAGUCACCCAAAGCUAACAUCAAUCCGUGCUUCUGUGAGAUCUUUGAGCGAGCUGGGUGAGAUUGACGGGUCAAAAGAGCGAUUUGCCUCAAGCAGUCAUCGACGCAGAGAAGAGGCUUCCAAAGCGGCAGCAGAGCGCCGUGUAGCUUUGCGAUCCAACUUGCAGAAAGAAAUUAACUCCGGAAACUUGGGAUAUGCCGAUGCCGCAGCUAUUGAGUCUGACUUUAAUGAACAAGAGAAGGAUAAAAAGAAAGAGGUGGAAAAGGUGGAAUAUGAACAUUUCCAGAACCAAGUGGUGUUGCCGCUGAAUGAUAUUCUGACGGAGCGAAUCUCUCGAGCGACAGAGCUAUUUGACGACUUGGCCCGACAUCUAUUCGACAGCAGCGAAAUCGAUGCCGAUAUGCCGCAGGAAGAAGGCGAUGAUAAACCGGAACUGCUAGAGAAGCUGACCCUCCUCAAGUGGAUAUUUGAGCAGCGCGAGUCUCUGCACCGGGCCAUUUACGACUUACUCUCAGACCGCAAUGCUCGUUAUCGCGACGUUGUGCUGACGCCGUACCGGCUUUCCAAGAAUACGGACAAACUGGUAUCAGCCGAGGCAUUCUUCAAAGAGGACGCAGACAAGCGGGAGUACGCGUUCGCAAACGAGGUACUCGACCGCGCGCGCGAAUUUAGGUCCGUGAUGGAUGAGGCGGUUGCACGCGGCAUCGAGCUGCAGCUGUCUGCCUUUUGGGAUAUUGCUCCGCCGCUUUGUGGCCUUUUGGAAACUAUUCCACUGGAUCUGGAGGGAUUUUGCGUCCAUAUUCCAGCCCUGGAAUACGAAGAGAACCCGGCAUAUCAUGAUCACCCGCUGCAGUAUUUGUAUAGCUUGUUACUUCAUGCCGAGAAGAGUACAUAUCAGUUCAUUGAGGCACACACAAACCAGCUGUGUCUUCUUCACGAGGUCAAAGAGGCAGUGGUCAACGCCAAGGCUCGAGUGCUUGCCACACAGCUCGCUGACGUAGACGGCACGCCUAUCCAGCCUGAAGACCGACAGUUACGAGCCAAGCAGAUGCGAGAGAUUGAAAACCGGCGAUUGACAGAGGACCUCAAGGAAAAAGUGCGAGUUGUACAGGACCAGUGGAAUAGCUCACUGGGAACGGCCAUGACGGCAGUGAAGGAGCGGACCGGCGAGUGGCUGCUGCAGACGGGAGGAUGGGACGAGUCACUGGAAGACAAUGGAGUUGGAGUGGUGUAA